AUGAAUAUUUUAAAAAGCCUAUUUUUUUUGCAUUUGAUAACAAGGUGCUAAUUAGAAACCAUUAUAUAUGCACAAACCACCACUCCAGGUAUAUUUUAGAAAUAACAUUUAGAUUGGUAUUUUUUCAGCUACCAUUGUAUAGACUCAUUUUGCGAUUCUAAUAGAAUUUUUGGAGGUUAUAACUGUGUUCACUAUCAUUCAUUCAUAUUAAAAACAUUUAUGCUCCAACCACAUUAUAAACUAAGAAUAAAAUUUAGAUUCUGGAGGUUCAUUAUUAUGAUAUAUUUAUAGAAUUGACUAGUGGAAUGGAGAUCGAUUUGUAGUUUAUGUAGAUAAUAUUGAAAAGCAUAAUUAAAUAUAUUAUAGCUCCUCAAGUUCAUUUAAUCUUUGCGGAGACUCAAAUAUUAAUGACGAUACUUUUCUACUGGAUUUAAAUACUUAUCAUUAAAGCCCAACUGCCACAAUAUUAAUAUGGGGUGAAGAAUGGUGGGGAAUUUCAGAAUUUUAAUUAUUCAUAGAAAAAUGUCCUGAUGGUUGUGAUUCUUGUGAUUAGAAUGGAUGCUUUAAUUAAAUAUUAUAUGUUUAAUUUUUUAUCACUAAAUCCUUCACCUAAGUUGAUUUUAAUGAAGGAUGGCUAUCUAGUGAUUAUUAUUUGUAUAAUUAUUUUUUUAAUAGUGCAGGUAUUUUAACAAUUUAUACUAGAUUACACAAAUCAUUAAUUUGUAUCAUUGUCUUCAACUAAAACAAUAGAUCUAGCGACUCAUAAUGCAGUUAGUGUAUCCCUGAAAAUAAUAACAAUAAAUAUAUAUCACAAAUUUAGCAUAUUAAUUGAUGAUUAGUUAGUAGUUGUUUCAAAUCUUAAUCAGUAAGUACUAUAUUAUAGUAAUUCUGACUAUUAGUAUUUAAUCAUAAGUUAGAUUUAUAUCUAUUAAUUUCCGCAUAAACAUAAUUCAAUUGCUUUAAAAAUUUAAUUGAAAGAUUAGUCUUAUUAUAAUUCAGGUUAUUCUAGAUAUUUUGGAAUUAGAGAUUUUUAAUUAUUUAUAAGACCAAUUUUAAAUGACGAUUAUUGCUAUGAUUAUAAUAUCUAUCCUUUUGAUGGAUGUUUUGCUGAGAUAUAUGAAUGUGUUGAAGGUUGUGCAAAUUGUGUAAGAGGUGCAUGUUUUGAAUGUUAAGAAGGAUGGCAGUAUUAUGAAUAAACUAAGAAUUGUUUACCAAUAUGCGGAGAUUCUAUCAUUACUUAUUUUGAAGAAUGUGAUGACGGUAACACAUAUCCAUAUGAUGGGUGUUAUUAAUGUAAACACUCCUGUUAGUAAGAUUGUAUAUUGUGUUAAUUUGGUAAUUGCUUGAAAUGGAAAACUUCAUACUAAGAUCUUGAGAAUAGUACUUAAAGUAAGAAUUUGAAAUUCAACCUACCAAUUACAUAGACCGAUCUAAAUCACAUUUAGUGUUAAAAUUUGUAUGAUUCAUUAGAAUGCCAUGAGUAUGUAAAUGAGUUGGAGUUAUUAUUUUUAAGUUGUGAUUCCUAAUAUAAGAUGAAUGAAAAGAAAAAAUUAGUUAGUUAAAAGAAAUGUGGAGAUUUGAUUACCACAUGUGAUGAGGAGUGUGAUGAUGGUAAUAAAGUAGAGCAUGAUGGUUGUCACCUGUGUAAAUAUUCAUGUCCAUUGAAUUGCAGCGAAUGUUAAUUUGGAAAAUGCAAAUAAUGUUUACCAAAGUACGAACUAAUAUAUGGAUAAUGUAAAUAUAUUUGUGAUGGUUCUGAGAGUUAGGAAGAUUAAGAAUAUAUAAGUUGUUAUAAUAGAAUAACUAAUUUGAUUGAGAAUGGUCAUUACUAACAUAAUCUCUUUAAUAAUUAAAAUUCUAAAUAUCAAUUGACAAAUACUCUAACAUGCAGCAUAUAAGAUUUUGGAAUAUUUGGAUAUUUUUAUAAUUAAUGCAGAAUAGCGGCUAUAAAUAAUUGCAAGGAAAGUCUUUAUGAUAAAUGUCUAUAAUGUAAUGAAAAUUAUGUAUUGGAAUUUAAUUAAUUAUCAUGCAUUCCUUUAUGUAAUGAUGGACUUUUAAUAGAAAAAGAAGUAUGUGAUGACUAGAACAAUAUCUAAUUUGAUGGAUGCUACAAAUGCUAAGAAAGUUGCUUGUUGGAAUGCGUAAAUUGUGUUGAAAACAAAUGUUAUUAGUGUCUUAAUGGUUGGCAGCUUAUAGAUUAUGGCUGCUAUUAAUAUUGUGGAGAUGGUUAAGUUGCUCAAUCUUCUAUGGAACAAUGUGAUGAUGGAAAUUAUGAUUAAGGAGAUGGAUGUUAUUAAUGUAAAUUUGAGUGUGUACCUUAUUGCAGAUCCUGUGCUGAUAGGGAUACUUGUCUGGUUUGUGAAAAAUACUUUGAAUUAUCUAACAAUUCUUGUAGACCAAUAUGUGGAGAUGAUAAUAUUGUAGAUGGAUUAGAGGAAUGUGAAGAUGGAAACAAUAUUCCUUAUGAUGGUUGCUUUAAUUGUAUUUUUUAGUGUGAAAAAGAAUGCGAAAUUUGUGGUUAAGGAACCUGUGUAUAGUGCAUAGAUGGGUACAUAAUUGCAAAGAAUUAUUGCGAAGUUAAUAAUUAAACAUUCAUCGAUGAUGAUAAGGAUGAAGAUGAAUAAACUUAAUGUGCUAAUGCAAUGUAUACUAAUAAUGAAGAAUGUGAUGAUGGGAAUAAAAUUGAUGGCGAUGGUUGUUCUAGCUUAUGUCAGAUUGAAAUUAAUUGGUUUUGUAAUAACUAACUCAAUUAGAUUAGCAUUUGUACUCCUAAUACUAUUAUAAAAUUGUAAUACCUUAAUCAAACUUAAUAAAAUUAAUACAUUUAAUUAUCCUUUACAAAUAAAGUUAAAUUAAAUGAAACUAUUUUAAAUUUUACUGAUUAAAUUAGACCAUCUAUUCCCUCAAUUGAACAAAGCAUAUAUAAUAUUACUAUAAUUCCUGUAGUUGAGAUUGAUUAGACUAUUCUACUUGAUGUUAUCUAUGAAUUUUAAAUUGAAUUUUUGGAAUCCUUUGCAACAACAAAUAUUUUCUUAACUGUAGAAGUUUAUGCUAAUUUAGAAGACCAAAACCAAAUGAAGGUCAAUACAUCACUCUAAAUUAUCAAUUUAUAAUUGCCAAAAGUCUUGAACAAAAAUUAAUUGUAAACUGCCAGUAAUUUUUAAGCCCUAGGAAAUUGGAUGAUGAUUGGAUUAGCUAGUAGUAGUCUCUUUUUGUUCUUAUUUGGAAACCCUAGUUAAUGUAUGGAAAUUUUAGAUACUUUAUAAUUUUAAUCAUAUCUGAAAUUCUUAAAUGUCGAAUUUCCAUAAAAUCUAUAAAUAUAUUUUGAGUCUUCAGAAUUUGUAACUAUUAAUCCUGUAUUGGUGAAGUUAUAAGUGGAUGAUUUUUUAUAGUAAUUAAUUGGAUAUGAAUAUUUAGAAAGUAUUGGUAAGCUUUUUGAAUAUCAAUUAAACGCAGAUUUUUUAGUCAAUAUUUAUGGAUAGAUUAUUUAAAUACUUUUCCUAAGUGGAUUGUAUAUUGUUAUCAAAUACUAUAAAAAAAUUAUCUAUUCAUAUUGUUUUGGCUCCAAAUAUAUCUACUAUAUUAGACUCCUUAAUAAUAAAAUAAUUCAAUAUAUCGGUAUUAAAUUUUAUUACCUGAAUAAGACUAUUUGUAAAAUAGAUGAGAUAUUUAAUGAGUAAGGUUUAAUUCAAUUAUUCCAUGCUAAUAGUUGGGAUCUAUUAUUUAAAAUUUUGAUGUAUUUAACUGCUAGUUAUUAGCUAAGAUUCAGAGGAAUAGUUUCAACUAUUAUUUCAAUUUCAUACCUUUUAUCAGUAGUAGUAAUUAUAAGCAAAAAUUUCAGAAGAUAUAAUCAUUAAAUUAUAUUAAAAAAUGAAAGAAUCAAAUAACAUGAUGACAUUAUUUUGUUGAAAAAACUCUUUUUUUUAGUAGUACUAAUUGCUAUGCAAAGCUACCCUCUCAUGCAAUGUAUACUAUUAACCUGCGUAUUAUUUUGGUAUCUUGGAUCAAUAAUUAGUACUGAUUUCACAGCAAAUAAGCUUGAUUUAUUGAUCAUAAUUUGGAUGGAAGGACCAGUAAUGUUCUUUACAUUAUCAUGUUUGAUUUAUUGUUCUGACUUUUAAAAGUAUUUUUCAACUGAUCAAUAAAUAAAUGCUGGAUUUAUAUAAAUUAGUUUUUUGAUAUUAGCUUUAUUUUCUCCCUUGGUGAGGUGUGGGUAUUAAUUUUAUCUUAAAGCUAAAACAUUUUAUUUGAAACAAAAGAAGAAGAGAGUCCCAGAGAUAAUGAAUGUUAGAGAGAUAUUUGUGAUAGCUGAAAGGAAUGAGUGAUUAUGAGAAGAUAUCAUUAAAGAAUUAAAAUAGAAUUCAAAUUUUUGUUUUUCUAAUCAUUCAUAAUUAUAAUCCUAUAUUUCAUAUAUUAGUUUCUUUACAAUUUAAAUGGUUUAAGAAAUUUCAGAUGCAUUAGUGAAAUUUACAUACAAAAGGAAAUUGAAAUUUUCGUCAAUAAUCAGUAUUUUAUUUUGAUAUAAUAGGCUAAUUAACUGUUUUUCAUCAUAGCAAAAUGAACUCAUAUUCUUUUAUUGCAUCUACCAAAUAUUAACUCAAGUGAAUAUGAAUUUUGUAUUUCAAAUAAUUGAUUAAUUAAAUUAUCUCAUGUUUCGAUUAGGUUUUGUAAUUUAACUUUAGAUAAUGACAGUAUUUACAAGGAUAUAACAAUUAUAUUUGUUAGAAGAUGAAUAUGUUUUUUUACAAAGGCAAGCACUUAUAAUUCCAACGAAUGACACUGAAAUUGUUGAAAAUGAAUUUUCAAACAGUUAACAAUUAUUAAGUAAUGCCAAAACCCUAUCAAAAAUAUUAUCAAGUUUAGAUAGGAAUUUACCAAUACCAUAAGAUUUUGUUAAGGUUUUUACAUCAUUAUAAUAUGAUAACUCUGCUAUUGAUAUAUGUUUUUCGAAACUUGGUUCGAUCUAUUGUAAAUAUAGAAUAAUGAAUUAACUCAUAGAUGAAGAACUUUUAAUUUUUGAAUCUUAUCAAUAUACUCUUUUAACUCAAAAUAACAUGUGCGAAUAAUUAAAUAAUAUUUAGAUUAAUAAAUUUAUUGUAUAAUGUAAAACUUCGCAAGCAUUGAUGAUUUCAAUGAUUAAUGAUUAAAGUGAAAUCUUAGAUUCAUUACUUAUCUAACCUAUCUACAAUUAAACAUAGCAUUCCAUUUUUAAAGACAAAUAUCUCAUAAUCUAUGAAACAUUAGAUUCAUUAUGUGCUUUAUUUGUGAUUACAUGGUCUACUGAUUAGAGCUAUCUCUAAUUAUAAUAAUUAGUUUUGAAUGGUUAGGAUUAUAUGGAUUCCAAGAUAAUUAGCAAGAUAAAUAAUGUCUAAUUUUAUCAAAGCAAUAAUUUAAUAAUUUAUUAUUCAUACAUGAUCUUGCAGAUAAACCUCAUGGAUUAUACUAUUACAACUUAAUUUAUUUUAAAAAAUCAUGCUGUUUAAUACUUUUAAAUAGUAGAAUCCUCCGAAUUGAAUUCAGAAAUGAAAAUUUAUUUACAUGAUAGCAUGGAGAAGACAUUCGAAAUAAACUAUAAAGAGUUACGAAUCAAUUCGUAACUUUCAAAAAUAGAGUAAGUGAGAUCUAUCAACGAAAACAUAAUAAUACAAUUUUCAUCAUAGUUAUAUAUUGUAAAUAAUGAAUUAGUUUAUGAUAUUUUACAAUUAGGAUCAAGUUAAGUUGUCUAUUUUAAUAAUUUGCCAUUUAUUUUGUUGUCUUAAAAAUAAGGGCAGCUUUAAUUUAUUAAAAUUAAUAGUUUACCAUUCUAUUUGAAAUAUUAGCAAUCGACCUACUUAAUGGUAUUUUUUUGCAUUGAUAUGAUUAUUCACGAAUAGGCAACUAUAUACAAAGUUAACUUAUUACCAAAAAAUGCUUCAAUUCUAUUAGAUCAAAAUUCAACUAACUUUACGAUUUUAGAUUCUAUUCAUUCCUAAGCUAUUUAUAAUUAUAAAAAUAAAGUUAUUGGAUAUCCAAGUUAAGUAACUCAUUUUGUUGACAAGAAUAGUGUUAUGUCAGACAUUUAACAUUCAGAAUUGAUAUCUUCUAAAAUCACUAAAAAUACAGUUAUUUUAAUUUAGAAAUAUAGUAAAUCCAUCGUUAAAAUAAUCUUUAACAUAAAUCAGACCUUUACAAUUUCCGAUGAAACCAAUGAUAUCUAUUUAAAACAUUAAUAUAGAUUUAAUCUUGAUUUAUCCUAAAUUUUCAUUAGUACAUUGUAGAGCGCAUUUAUAGUGUAUGAAAAAUAAACUCUAUACUGUUAUUCAUAUAUUGAUACCAAAUUUAAAGCCUUUGAGAUUAAUUUAUAAAAGAAAAUUAAUUAUUUAGUGCAACAAAUGGAUUUAUUAUAUAUCUAUUUUGAGAACUGUAUGACUAUGAUCGUUGAAUUCGUAAGUUUUAGUUUUAAUGAAAAUUAUUAAACGUAAUAUUUAAAUUGUACAACAUUUUCUUAAGAAAAUGCUUUAAUUGUUAAAAUUUAACCAUCAUAAAUUGAUUUUUAUAGAAAGAAUACUUAUACUUAAAGUAUAAGAGCGCAUAAAAUUAUUAGAUUGCAAUUAUUUAUAUAUAAUAAAAAACUUAUCAUUUUUGAAUUAGUUGAUAAUACUCUUUUAAUGAAACAAUAUCAAGAAUAAAAUAAUUACUAUUAGUAUUUAUAUACAUUUCCAACCUAUUCAUAUAUCAUAGAUUAACCAUUAAAAUAUCAAAUAUUUUAUACAAUGAUUGCAAUCUUUGCUCAUAAUGAAUAGAAAGAAUAAUUUAUUUUAGUAUAUGAUUUGUCGAAAAAAGCCUUAAACUCAAUGAUUUCAAUUAUCUAAGUAGACGAAAAAUGCCACAUUUCCAACUUUAUUUCAACUGAAAAAUUUCUUUAUGUAUAUAAAAAUGAAUUAAGAAUCUAUUUUUUAGGCAUAAUUAAAAUACUAUUCAAACCUAAUUUGUUUAAAUAAAAUUUGAAUUCUUAUUUUUACACCACUGAAAUUAUCCUCACAUUUGAGAGCAAGUAUGAGGGGAAUAAUAAUUCAAUUGCUUUAAAUUUAGUCUUCUUAAACUGUAAUUAAAGGUUAUAACAUUUAAUGAAUAAUUCACUGAACUACUUAAUCUAUAAUUCAACCAAAAUACUGCCAUUAAAUGAUGUAUUUGGAAAAAUAAUUUCUGCCACAUAUCUUAAUGGAAGUACAUAUUCUAAUUUAACCUCUCUCACCCUUAAAGAGGUAUAAAUAUGCUCACUUUUCACAUAGAAAACUUGUAUUUUAUAGAAUAACAGAAUUAUUCUAAAUUCUUUUGA